AAAUUUUUCUUUAUUAAGACUAUCGAUUCACGUUGACAUUUUUGACGAAAAUGGAGCAACCAACGUCGCCGGGAACAAAGUCGGUGAAUCUCCGAGAAUGCAUGGAAUCACUUGUACGUUUUACGCUGAGCUCUCAUUUAGACGUAUCUGUUCCAAGUUUCGAUCUUGACCUGACCAGAGAUUUUUGCCUUCAUCUCCUUGAGGAAGAAACAGAUUCAACUGAAAAACCUGCGGUGUAUAAGCUUCUAGCAAGGGCUCUCUCUGAAUGUCUAGCUUCCGAGGGUGAUAAAAAUCCUAACUUGGAAAAAUACAGCAAAUUGUUUCAUGGCUUGGGACAUGACUUAAUAAAUAUGUUGAAGAAGGUAAACUUUGAGCUUCAUGUCCAAGAGCCUUACUUCACACAAUUGAAAGAUGGUCAGAAAACUGUUGAAGGAAGAUGUGCAGUGGGAGAUUACAUGAGGAUCAGUUCAGGAGCUUUUAUUUUAUUCAAUAAAUGCUUGCUGCUUGAAGUUCAGGACGUUCACCAUUAUACCUCAUUUUCAGAAAUGCUGAGAGUGGAGGGUCUUGCCAAAGUUCUUCCUGGAGUUGAAAGUAUAGAAGAAGGUGUUCAAGUUUAUCGAAACUUUUACCCUGAAGAGAAGGAAAGAAUGAACGGUGUUGUAGCAAUUCAUGUUGCAAAACCAGCUAAUCAGCCUUAUGCAGCUUUGGCAGGAGUAUUGUCUGAACUGAAGUCCACUGGGAUCAAAAGCCUGUUGGAUGACUAUACAGCCUGAGUUACCUCGUUGCUGCAUCUAAAAACUUUUUGAGCGCAAAGAAACUACACAAUUCCAA